AUGUCUUCCCCACCUGCGCGGAACGACGGUUCGAUUGAUCAAAAGAUCGACGCGGCUGAAUCCGAUUGUGAAGACGCUCCGUCGCAGAACCAACACGCGGCAAGGGAGACGUUCGCGGGGACGGAGGAGGAGCGGCAGCUCGUGCGCAAGUUCGACUGGCGCAUCCUGCCGAUAACGUGUCUGCUAUACCUUUUUGCGUCGCUCGACAGGUCGAAUUUGGGCAACGCGCGACUGCAAGGGCUCCCUGAAGAUGUGUUGGGUGGCGAUAAAAACGGCGUCUUAUUUGACUGGUUGACUUCCGGGUUCUACUUCUCAUAUAUUCUUGUCCAGAUCCCAGCCACGGUCCUGUCCAAGAUGGUGCCGCCCCGAGCAUUUGUCGCCGCUGCGGCUAUAGGCUGGGGCAUGACGUCGUCUCUCAUGGCUACAGGCUUCAAUUUCGCGAGCCUCAUGACCGCGCGUGUCGUCCUUGGCGUCUUCGAGGCAGGCUUCGCGCCCGUAAUAACCGUGUACAUGUCCUUCUUCUACACGAAAGAGGAGCUGGGUCUGCGUCUGGCAAUGUGGUUCGGGUUCGCGACGGUCGCGGGCGCGUUUGGCGGGCUCAUUGCGUUUGGCGUGCAGCAUAUCCACGCGAGCGUGCAGAAUUGGCGGCUGCUCUUCAUCAUCGAGGGCAUUCCGCCUGUGAUUUUGGGCGUGCUGACGUACUUCUUCCUUCCUAACCGCCCGGAGUCGACGACGGUUCUGAAUGAGCGAGAGAGGCGGAUCGCGGUGGAGAGGAUGAACAGGGAUAUGACAGCUGACUUUGGAGCUGUGGUAAACAAAGCGCAUAUCCGUUCGGCGUUCCUGGAUUGGAGGGUGUAUGUUGCUGGUGUUAUUUAUUUCGGAUUGAACACCGCCCUCGCGUCGAUCGGUGCUUUCCUGCCCACAAUUAUUCAGAGCUUUGGUCACACUAAUGCAAUUGCUCAACUACUGACCGUCCCUCCCUACGUCGUCUCAGCAGUAGUGAUGAUCAGCUUCUCGUUCACCUCGGACAGGCUUCAGAGUAGAGGUAUCCUCAUGACUGUCUCAAGCAUCAUUGGAGCAAUCGGAUAUCUAUUACUUCUCGUCGUCCACGGAAACGAACACGCUCGAUACUUUGCAACGUUCUGCGUAACAAGCGGUACAUAUACGACUAUCGGGUUGAUCAUCGCCUGGUUCGGGCAUAACUUGGGAUCUGAGACGAAAAAAGCGACAGGCAUACCGUUAUUUAUGGCGAUAGGACAAUGCGGGAGUAUACUUGGAUCGCAUCUUUACCCGAAGACGGAAGGGCCUAGAUAUAUAAAAGGGUUUGCAGUUAGUAGUGGACUGCUCUUUUUAGCAGCGGUCUGCUGUGCCAUCUUAUCGGUAUCAUACCGCUGGGAUAAUGCUCGACGAGAUAAACUCUACGGAAAGCCGAAACCUAAUACCCGAGUGAAUACACAGGAGUUGGCUGAUAAGACCCCAGAGUUCCGAUAUGUACCUUGA